AUGGCACCCAACUAUUCUGAGUCCGUGCAGCAAACCUUCCUGGACCUCUCAACCCUCGCGACCGACUUCGCAGUGCCGCACGAGAGGAGAAGCACCGACGUGGCCUUCUGGCCGCUGCUCAAGCGGCACCUGUCCCGGGAGCCCGGCGCCGCGCUGCCCGACGUGCCCGGUUGCCUGCUGUGCAAGAAGCCCCUCGCGCUGCCCAACAUGCUCAACGUGCACAACGGCGGGCGGUGCGUGCGCAGCUGGGAGGAGACCGCCGCGGUGCUGCCGUGCGGCCACAUGAUGGGACAGGGCUGCCUCGACAAGCUCUACCAGCAGUACCCCGCCACCCAAGAUGGCAAGGCCGCGCAGUGCCCCGUGUGCAACACGUCCCUGGCCUUCCGGUGCCGCGACCUCUGCCCCCACGCCGUCGCGCCCGUCGUGGUCGACGUCUCGCACACGGUGCGGCAUGCGCUCGAGCACGUCCCGCCGACGCUCGAGGAGGGCGGCCAGGUGCCCAUGGCCUGCAACUCGUGCCGCGAGCACCGCACGCGCGCCGCCUUCAACCUCGCCCAGGACUUUCUGGUCUCGCCCACCUUCUCGCCCGCCCCGUACAGGCUGGUUAAUCAGCACGCGAUGCUGGCGCCGACGCAGACGCCACUGGGCGAGUUGGCCGUCAGAAACUCGCGCGACCGCGCCUUCAAUGUGCUCCGCGUCGCUUUUAACAACGCGCUGCAGCUCCAGCAGGUGCAGGAGGCCAUGCGCCUUAGUUGGGGCACCGCCUGGAUCGACACUGGUCUGGCGGCGGAGAGCUCUGGCUCGUUUUACACGCACCCCAUCAUGACUGAAGAGGAUUGCUUUGACGAUGAAGCCGUUGAGAUCGCUCUUGAUGAUGAUGACUCCAAGUGGUAG